GCCCCGACCGGUCCCUCUAUAAGGCGGCUCCGCCGCUUGGCCGCCGCCGCGAUGUCGCCGCUCGCCGACCCCGAGAACCCCCCGCCGCCUCCCUGCCUCUGCCGGUGCCGCUGCCAGCACCGCUCCGGGGGCCGCCGCCGCCUCCUCCCGGUUCUCGCCGCCCUCGGGGCCGCCGCCGCCGCCGCUCUCGGGGCCGCCGCCGCCGCCGCCGCGCUCCUGGGGGUGCUCCGUGGGGGGACCCCGCCGCAGGCUGCCACGGCCGCCCACGCGCUGCUGAGCGCUGGCUCGUUGGCGGCGCCGUCGGGACCCAGUUGGCGCUACGAGGAAGGCAUCAAUGGCGUCUUCCUCAGCAGUGACGUGGAGCUGACGGACACGAAGCUGCGGGUGACGGCGGGUGGCCUCUACCUCCUCUACGGCCAGUUCGCCCUCACCUGCACGGCACUGAAGUGCACCGCCGGCACCGUCACCCUCAAGCUCCAACGCGCCGGCUCCGAGCGCCCGUUGCUCGCCGUGCCCUUGGCGCUACCCGAAAUGGCAGAAUCCAAACCGGCACGUUCUGCUUUGACCCAAGCCAUUGGGCAGCUCCAACCCGGUGACGUCCUCAGCCUGGAGGUGUCCAGGAACGUGUCCGGGGACGGGUGGCAGCUGGCGCAAGACGAGCGGGAGGGGAAUUUCGUGGGGUUGCUGCGUAUCGCCGGGGAGUGA